CCAUGUGUACAACUACAAACUACAGAGAGGAACACAUGUUAACUGACUUCACAAGCCAAAACAAAACCCCUUUUUAAGUCUUAUUGUGCAGUUGGGAGUUGGGUGUCCUUCUUUACUUUGUUUUCAUUUUCAAUUAAUCAACUGGGCGUUUUCUUCAACGCUUUCUUCCCUCGUUUCCUCCGCCUCUUUUUCUCCUCUUAAACUCCUCUUCCUUUCCCUCUCUUCCCCUCAUUCUCUCUUUCUCUUGCUUCUGCAGCUUUCUGUUUACUACAGAAACAGAAAAGAGAGAGAGAUAAGUUAGCGCAACUCCAAUGGCGACUGCUUUCUCUGCUACCAAGUUUACCCAGCCUUUGCCCCUCAAUACCACCUCCUCCAGAUCUCAUGAAAAGCACACUCUUUUUGAUCCUCUUAAAACUACUGCUUCUUUUCUCGGAUCCACCCGCAAACUUCGUUUCAAUUCUGUUCCUAAAUUCAAUCAAAUCAAUUCCCACCGUCGAUCUGCUAUUGUUGCUGUAUCUGAAGCCGUUAAGGAGAAGAAGCUCAAAUCAACCUCCAAUCUGUUGAUCACAAAAGAAGAAGGCUUAGAGCUAUAUGAGGAUAUGGUGUUGGGCAGAUACUUUGAGGACAUGUGUGCCCAGAUGUAUUACAGAGGAAAAAUGUUUGGUUUUGUUCAUCUCUAUAAUGGCCAGGAGGCUGUGUCCACUGGGUUCAUCAAGCUUUUGAAAAAGGAGGAUUCUGUUGUCAGCACUUAUCGUGAUCACGUGCAUGCAUUGAGUAAGGGUGUCUCGGCUCGUGCUGUAAUGAGCGAGCUCUUUGGCAAGGCCACUGGUUGUUGUCGAGGCCAAGGUGGGUCCAUGCACAUGUUCUCCAAAGAGCACAAUGUGCUUGGUGGUUUUGCUUUUAUUGGUGAGGGAAUUCCAGUGGCUACUGGUGCAGCUUUUACCUCAAGGUAUAAGAGGGACGUUUUGAAGCAAAACUGUGAUGAUGUGACAUUGGCAUUUUUUGGAGAUGGAACUUGUAAUAAUGGACAGUUCUUUGAGUGUUUAAAUAUGGCAGCAUUGUGGAAAUUGCCCAUUGUGUUUGUAGUGGAGAAUAAUCUGUGGGCAAUUGGAAUGUCGCACCUCAGGGCAACUUCGGAUCCAGCAAUUUGGAAGAAGGGUCCAGCGUUUGGAAUGCCAGGUGUUCAUGUUGAUGGAAUGGAUGUUUUGAAGGUGAGAGAGGUGGCCAAGGAGGCAAUUCGAAGGGCUAGGAGUGGAGAAGGACCAACAUUGGUAGAAUGCGAGACUUACAGGUUUAGAGGACACUCGUUAGCCGAUCCUGAUGAACUCCGCGACCCUGCUGAGAAGGCUCACUAUGCUGCUAGGGAUCCCAUCACAUCUUUAAAGAAGUACUUGAUUGAAAACAAGCUAGCCAGUGAAGCAGAAUUGAAAGCCAUCGAGAAGAAGAUUGAUGAAGUGCUCGAGGAUGCUGUUGAGUUUGCCGAUGGGAGCCCUCAUCCACCUCGCAGCCAACUUCUUGAGAAUGUCUUUGCAGAUCCAAAAGGUUUUGGAAUUGGUCCUGAUGGGCAGUACAGAUGCGAGGAUCCCAAAUUCACAGAGGGCACUGCUCAUGUCUAAGUUUUUUAGAAUUGGGAUAUUCAUUAACCUUACUUCUUGUGGCUUUUAGUUAUCUGUAUUGGUUUAUACUGGUUAUAGCUAGCAGUCACUUUUGCUUAUACAUAAAAUAUAAUGCUCGUCUUGUGUAAGCAGGAUAUGUUUUUUUUAGGUUGCUUUUCUAUUUAAAUUUUGGUUAUUGCUCUUCUCUUAAUUAUCCUUGUUCAUUGGUCUAUUGUUUGGAGUGAAAGUUGCAGUCCGUAGCUCUGGAAAUUUCUAUGAUUGAAGGAUGAAUUAAAUA